AUUGUCAUCUUUAAUUGAAAACACGUAUGAUCACCGAUACGCACGCGCUUUCUUCUCUCCUCUUCUAAAUUAGCUAGCUCCCACUUACCAAGCCAAGACUCCAUCAAGCUCUCCUCUCUCUCUCUCUCUCUCUAUACAUCCGUCUGUCUGUCUGUCUAUAUAUAUUUGUCUUCUUUAUCUCCCAAGUGGCUUUUUGACACAUUUGUAACCAAGAAUUAUUUUUAGAAGCUGUUGACUGUCUUAAUGACGGGUGGAUGGUGGAGAUUGAACCGGGUGAAGCUUCGCAUGGAGGUUUUGAUGCUGGUUCUGUUGUUAUUUCAUCAAAUUUUUAGCUUUUGCUGGUCUCUAAACAUAGAGGGUUUGGCUUUGUUGAGAUUUAGAGAGAGAGUGGAGACAGACCCAUUUGGAGUUUUAUCGAAUUGGAUUGAGAAAGAUGGAGAUAUUGAUCCUUGUUCUUGGUUCGGCGUCGAAUGCUCUGAUGGCAAAGUUGUGAUCUUGCAUCUGACAAAUCUGUGUCUUGGAGGAACACUGACACCUCAACUUGGAAGGCUAGCUAGCUUAAAAUCAAUCAAUCUACGCAACAAUUCUUUCUACGGAAACAUUCCUAGAGAGAUUGGAGAAUUGAAGGAGCUGGAGGCGUUGGACUUGGGAUAUAAUAACUUUAGUGGACCAUUUCCUUCAAACUUUGCAAAUAAUCUAUCACUGACUACCCUCUUGCUUGACAAUAACAAGUUUCUUGAUAGCGUAUCUCCUGAACUAAAUGAGCUUAUGGUGCUUUCUGAAGUUCAGGCAGAUGAAAAUCAGUUACGAGCUUCUUGUUGCUGCAGAGAUUUUACUUGGAACAUUGUUCAUUCUGGAAAUAUAGCUCAUCGGAUGCUGCUGCAGGUGGCAGCUGCUCCAAAUCCACCCAUAGCAAACAAUCGUCAUAAAGCACAUCAAAGUGGUUCUGAAGCAUCGCCUUCACCGUCUUUUUUUCCUCAAGGAUCUCAAUUAUCACCAUCACUGGCACCCUCAGACUCACCAUUUUUAUCACCAUCACCAUCAUUUUCCCCAUCACCAUCUCCUUCAGAGUCUCCGUCAUUUUCUCCAGCAGAAUACUCCUCCACUUUUCCUUUCCCCCCUUCCCCCUCACCCAUGAUCGCACCAACUCCAGCUUCACGUGCUCCAGAAAAUCCACCUAGUGUCUUUAUUGUACCACCACAGCGUGAUUGGAUGUCAAUGGUCCCUGCUCCAAGUCCAAAUCAUUUGGGACAAUCAAAGUCAAAACAUCACACUGCUCUCAUUGCUGGUGUUAUUGCUGGCUCUAUGUUCGCUUUGAUUUCAGCCUUUGGCAUUUUCUUCUUCAGAAGCAGCAAGGUAGUCACUGUCAGACCUUGGGCCACAGGCCUAAGUGGGCAGCUACAAAACGCAUUUGUAACAGGUGUGCCAAAACUCAAGAGAUCAGAACUUGAAGCUGCUUGUGAAGAUUUCAGUAACAUAAUUGGCUCCUUUUCAGAUGGCACGGCAUACAAGGGGACACUAUCAAGUGGCGUUGAAAUUGCUGUGAUGUCUACUGCAGUAAGAUCUCAUGAAGACUGGUUGAAGAAUUUAGAAGCACAAUUCAGAAAGAAGAUUGACACAUUGUCAAAAAUGAACCACAAGAAUUUUGUGAACCUUAUUGGAUUUUGUGAAGAAAAUGAGCCUUUCACAAGAAUGAUGGUUUUUGAAUAUGCUCCAAAUGGAACUCUCUUUGAACAUCUGCAUAUAAAAGAAGCUGAACACUUGGACUGGGGAAUGAGAUUACGAAUAGCAAUGGGCAUGGCAUAUUGCCUCGAUUACAUGCACCAACUAACUCCACCUAUAGCCCAUAAACACCUGCAGUCAUCGACAAUAUAUCUGACUGAAGACUAUGCAGCUAAAAUAUCAGAUUUCAGUUUUGGGAAUGAUGCAACAGCAGCAAAGAUUGGAUCAGCAUCCAUGGAGCUUUUAGAAUCCCAAACAUCAGAUCCAGAGGGCAAUAUUUACAGUUUUGGGGUAAUUUUGUUUGAAAUGAUAACUGGCAGGAUCCCAUAUGCAGUGGACAAUGGCUCUCUUGCCGACUGGGCAUCAGACUAUCUGAGAGGAGAGCGAUCCUUAAAAGAAAUAGUGGAUCCAACUCUAAAAUCUUUCCAAGAGAAUGAGCUCGAGAAACUGUCCGAAGUAAUAAGAAAUUGCAUCCAUCCUGAUCCAAAACAGAGACCAACGAUGAAAGAGAUUGCCUCUAAGUUAAAAGAGAUCACAGCAAUGGAACCUGAUGGAGCAACACCAAAAUUAUCACCCCUUUGGUGGGCUGAACUUGAAGUUAUGUCUACAGAAGGAAGUUGAGAAGUUAACUUAAGUCUGAAAUAUGGAUUUAAGUGUUCUUUUCAUGUUCCUUUAACUAUUGUUUUCCCUGAUUCUCUUGCUGAUCUCUCAGAAGCAGUUGUUUAUAGGGUAGGUAAUGCUUGUAUCCAAUGUAACGUAGAGUAUGAUGUUUGUAUAUAACUGAGGAAGGGAGACCUCUGGUCUGUCCAUUGCUUUGUUCUUUUGCCACUGCCAAAAGUUGGCUGUAUAAAAUUCAAGUAUCUGAAGUAUACUUGCAAGAUAAAUAAAUGCUCAGUUUUUUUAA